UUCGCUCCGCACCGCUGUGCACUCGCAGAAGCUCCGCCCAUAGGUAGGCGGGGCUUAGGGCCCGGGGCCCGGAGCUAUAGCAUGCCGCCUUCUCUUCUCUACUCCCUCCCCUCUUCCGGACCUCACCCCCAAGAAAUAGUCCCCCAGGAAUCCCCCCGCUUUUCGCGCAGCCGCAAAGGCUGACGCGAGCACGUCGCAUGCGUGCAUGCGUGCCGGCGUCGGGCUCCGGGCGGCCGGCUUUCGGCUGCAGUGCGGACACGGUGCUGCGGGGCCAGACAGAGGCAAGCGGAGCGAACAGGCCGGGAUCGAGAGCAGUGGGGGAUCACACAUCCAGAUGUGACCCUUCUCAGAGGGCAGGAUGGUGCUGGACUCGGGGACCCAGGCCUAUGAGCAGGCACCCCCCUCCCUCUCUGUCAGCCUGCCCGCUGUCUCUGGGGUGGGGAAGAUCUCAAAGCAGAAUGGGCCACAGUUGUACCCCUCUAUCCAACCACCGAUGUCAGCCCCCACCUCCCGGAAACCUUCCCCAGUCAUCCCAAUACAUCCUAGACCCUCUGUGUCCCAACCGUCAGGCCUGGCCUCUUCCCGCCCCAAGGUCCCAAGUCCGAAGUGUGAAAUAAGACGACUCUCAUCGGCCUCACUGGGUCGUGGUCGGAUUCGGCGCAGUGAGAGUUCCUGCUCAGUUGGAGGGUCCAGUGGAAAGGGACGCCUCCGGCCCGCCUCCUCCCUACCCCACAUUGCUAAAAGCAAGGUGGAGGAAAGCCGGGCGGCUAGCAAGAGCCCCUGCCUGCUGGUGGCCUUAAGACCCAACAACUUGGAGCAGGAGCGAGACCGGUUCUUUCAAUCAAGGUACACCUACAACCCACAGUUUGAAUAUGAGGAGCCAGUUCCUGCUGCCGUGUUGGAAAAGUACAAUGAGGCCUCGGACAAGUUCAUCCCCCAGGCGGUGAGGAUCAUUGAAGCGGUCCUGGAGAAGUAUGGUACCUACGAGCAGUUCGAGGCGAUCACAGGAGGCCAACUGCUGACAAAGUGCCAGAUCUGGUCCAUCGUUCGAAAGUACAUGCAGAAGGAGGGCUGCUCUGGAGAGGUGGUGGUGCAGCUGAGUGAGGACCUGCUGUCCCAAGCAGUGAUGAUGGUGGAGAACAGCCGGCCCACACUGGCCAUCAACCUGACUGGGGCCCGCCAGUACUGGCUGGAGGGGAUGUUGCGGCAUGAGAUAGGCACCCAUUAUCUUCGAUUUGUCAAUAACACUCAGCAGCCCUGGAACACCUCUGAUGGCCGGCGGCAGUACGGGCUCCGGCCUGCCAACCCCACCGAGGAGGGGCUGGCUAGCCUGCACAGUGUGCUUUUCCGGAAACAGCCCUUCCUGUGGCGGGCAGCCCUGCUGUACUACACCAUCCAGCGUGCGGCCCUGAUGUCCUUCCGCCAGCUCUUCCAGGACCUUGCGCAGUAUGUGCAGGACACCUCAGUGCGCUGGGAGUACUGCGUGCGGGCCAAGCGGGGCCAGACAGACACGUCCAAGCCUGGCUGCUUCAGUAAGGACCAGGUGUACUUGGAUGGGAUCCUGCGCAUCCUACGGCAUCGGCAGAAUAUUGAUUUCCAUAUGCUGACUGCUUUGGGCAAGGUCUCCUAUGAGGAUGUGAAUCAGCUUCGGCCCCAUGGAAAGCUGGAAAAGACUCGGAUUCCUCACUUCAUGCAGGACUUGACGCGGUACCACCAGCAGCUGGAACACAUCAUCACCACCAACCGCUUGGAUGAUGCCCAGCUGGACAGCCUGUUGCCAGACUGAGAGGCUGGGGGUGGGGGUCAGGGGUUGGUGGGGUGGCUGACCAGGGAUCCUGGGUCAGCUCCAUCAGCAAUGAGCAGCAGCCUGGCCAACAUUUCUUUGCCUUGGAUAUUGGGGAGCUGGGGGGGAUGGCUGCAUAAUAUAUGCUAGGGCUCUCUCUGGGAGGGAGCUCUAGAAUCUGUCUUCAAGCCUAGAACAGAAGGGGAAUUCCUCUUAGGAGGCCAGAAAAAUAGAUACUGAGGCUGCCCUGUCCACAUAGAAUGAAGAGAUCCUAGCGGGGAUGAGAAAGGGGGAGAUGGACUUGAUUUGGCUUAAUGGGGAGGGGAAAGGGAGCUGGCUCUGUGAGUGUGUGUGCCUGUGGGAAAGGAGAAUGAGUGUGAUAGCAUGUGUGAGGAGUGGGCGGCGGGGGGGGGAGUGUCUCCUUGUGCAUGACACAAAUACAGUAAGCUUCUGGGGCUCACAGCUAACCCUACACCUGCAAUCCUGUGCUGCUCCCAUGCUGGCAGGGACUGAUGCCCGCCCCCAGUCAGUCAUUCUAGCCUCUUGGUGCUCUUAGACCCUCUGACGUCUACCUCUUGCUGGGCUUUAGUGGAGGACAAAACAUCCAUGUACCCCUUUCCCAGCCAAGGCCCUAACACUGCUGCUCACCUUCUGGGUGUACCCUCACUCCUCCCUCCUCCACUGACAUCUGUCCUUUCACCCACACUACCAUCAGACUCCAGAUUCCCACUUCCAGUGCCCACCAUUUCAACUUCCCCAACCUCCUGUUCAUAUCCUCAAUGAAGCAAUUGAAAGGGGAUGAGAGUGGAUGGGGAUGGCAUGCUGUUCCAUGGACCCCAGCAAUUCAAGCAUUUACUGAGUGUCCUAUACCCAUCCCUGAGGGGAGAAAGAUGAAAAACAAGGCUCCCUGUCCUCAGCUUGAAGUCUAAUAAUGGAGGUAGGGCACACAGAUAUCUGAAACAAGGUAGAAUGUGAGAGGAAUACAGGUUGGAUCCAGAAAGGGGGCUCUAAGGAUGUUGGGCAAAGGCAAAUGGCUUCUGUCCCUCCUACCUAUUGGGGUACACAGCCUGGGCAGGAGAGGUGCACUUGGUUAAUUGUGUAUUGGAGGGGAAUGAUGCUCUGUGAUCUUUGCUCCUCUGCCCCCUUUUCUUGCUGCCGCCUCAGGCUAAGGGAAAAUUGCUGAGUUCCAUCCCCUAGGACAGGGGUGAAGUUUGGAUUUGGUCCAAGGGCUGUGCUUGAGGGCCACAUGUGGCCUUGAGGCUUCAGGUUCCCCACCCCUGUCCUAGGAGACCUGUGUUGUUCCCCUUCCCCUAACGCACACCCCACUUUAGGGGAAAGUUUGUGAGUCCAGAUAAAAUAUCUUUUAGGGCUGAGACACCGGUCUGAGUCCUAUAGAGAGAUUGGCCUCUGUACUUGAGCCCUGGUCUGAUGGAAAGGUGUCUCCUACCCUCAGGGGGCUCCCCAUCUCCAGAGGCCCCCAGCCUUGUCUUGUCUGUUACUGAAUUGAUGCUGAGACUUGGAUUUUAGCAGUGCAUUUUACCUGGUCUCUAUUGGUACAUUUGUGAACUAAAUGAACUUUGUGAGUGGAUAACAGUAUAAUUAGGUGACUUUUGGAUACUGAAUUCAAGCAGGAAUUAAUGGAUUGAUGCCAGCUUGAAGGGGCACAUCCAUGGGCCACAGCAGGUCUCAGUCUUCGGCCCUAUUUUGGUGUUUUUUAAUCAGUAACGUGAAUGAUGGCACUGGAUUUCUGGAUAAUGUAAAGUAAGGAGAAAGCACUAACAUAUGGGUGAUAGAAUCAGGAUAUAAAGAGAUCCAGACAGUCUGGAACCAAUGGUUAAAUUUAAUAUGAAUUCUUUUGUGCAGAACCCUGUGCUGAAUGCCGGGCUCACUAAUGCUGUUGAGGUGUUUACAGUCUAAUGGUGGCAGGGGAUGAACAGAAAGUCUUUUCACUUGGUGGGUUAUUUGGGUUUUUUGUGCCAUCUACCUCAGGGUGGUUGUGAGGUCACACCAUGUCUUCACUUGUUACAAAGGGUAGCAGUUAACUAGUUAACAAAGGAGAAGAGUGGUCGAGGCAUCAGUGCUGGCUUCUAUCAAGCCCUAGCCCUGUUACCGACCACCUCUGAUGCUGGGCAAGUCUCUUCUGAGGCCUUGUUUCUCCUCCUGUAAACUGGAGGGCCAUCAGGCUUUGGGGACCCUGUUCGAGGCUAGGCCUGAUUGGGACCUUGGAGGAUAGAGUCGACCAGCCACCUCUCAAAAUGUUUUGGAACACACACGUAUGUGAUCCACCAAUGGUAUUAACUUACACAAAUGCAGUAUUCGCAGUGAUUUCCUCAACUAUCCUGUGACAUUUUGGAGAUGAACAGGAGUGGCAACAGUAUCGGUUUUGUUUUACAGAUUAAUAUCCAGGCUCAAAUGGGUAAAGUGAUGUCCAAAGUCACUGUUUCAGAGGCCGGACUAGAAUUCUUCCACCCUCUACAGACGCAUGGCCAUCACCAAAGCAAACAGUGCAUGUUGCCUUUUUGUUCAUGGCUUAUUUUCCAAUUCAGAGGUUGGUAUUUGUGUUGAACAGAUUUCCUCUGAACACCAAUGUUGGAAGUGGGCAGGAGACCAAUUAGACGGCGUAUUUUGCCUUGAACCCCAUCUCUAAUACCCCAAGCCAUCUCCAACCUGGCCUGGCCUGGCCAGUAAUUUCAGCAGGGCCUCUCCUGGUUGUGCCCUUCAUAAGUUCAGUGCUGCUAGUAGCUGAGUUAUUGCCGGGGACUCAGCCCUGUGGAAGGAAACAAGCCUUGAGCCUCUGAUUCCAUUGUCCUCCGUCCUGUACCUCACCAGGAAAUGUUUUUGUUUUGCCAUUUCCACCCCUACCCCCAUCCCAGGAAACUAAAACAAUGAUCACGCUAUCCAGGAGCUUAGGUCACUAUUGGUAUCUUAACCCCAUAGAGAAGAGGCCCUGACCUGUGGCUGUGGCAGGGGUCAGACUUGCUCAGGAAUUGCUUGGCUCGGGGGCAUAGAAGAUUGUAAUCCCUCAGAGAACGUCCAAGAAAUUCUCAGCUUCCUUUUGCUUACCUGUAGAACAAGGGGGUUGGACUAGAUCCCUGUGGUUACCUCAAAGGGGGCAGUGUGGAUCAAAAGUUAAGGGGUGGUUUCCCUGGAGGCUAGUCUUGAUGUGCCCCAUGGAUGCCCUCUCUGCCCUGUGCCAGACAGCUGCCCUAGCAAUGCCUUUGCCUGGAGAUUGCUUUGUUUACUACUAGCCUGGCUGAGGAGCGGAGGCUCAGGUGCUGUCAUAGAUUCACUUUAACUGAACAUUUAGCACCUACUACAUGGGUCAGGGUUAGAGGGGUUACCCUAACUCCUUGUAUGUUGAUGCCUGGAACUGGAAAUGGAUUUUCCCUUCACUCCCUUAUUCCUUCCCCAGAAAGGAGGGGCAAGAGGAACUUUGGAAUAAAAUUAUUUUUGAUCUUA